AUGUAUUCAGCAAAUUACUUGGGAGGGACAUUGGAGAAUGUUGGGGAAAGUCAUGUCAAUUCGACUACAUAUGAAGAUGAUCACCAAAGUCAGAACGCGGACCGGGACAAGGCAAUUAUAUCUCGGAAAAGUUGCACUCUUGAUAAAAAACAAAGAGUUUGGUUAUCAGAUCCGGAGACAAGGUUUUCUAGUAGAAAAAACAAAUAUAUAGAUUUGAGUUUCUUUAUUUGUAGCCGAAAGGUAUUCAAGUGGACUCUCGUAAUGGUUUCACUAGCCUUGCUUGUCAUCGGAAUGUCGAUUACAAAUGAGAAGAGUUUGCCAAAGAUCGAUCUCCGCCCACAGACUCCGGAAGAUUAUAUGCUUGCUCUUCAUAAGGCACUUGUCUUCUUUGAUGAGCAAAAAUCUGGGAGAUUAUCCAAUAACAAUUAUGGUAUAAAUUGGAGAGAAGAUUCCGGGCUACAAGACGGAAAUGCAACUAAGAGAGGUCUUGUAGGAGGAUAUUAUGAUGCUGGUGAUAACAUAAAAUUUCAUUUUCCAAUGUCAUUUGCCAUGACAAUGUUAAGCUGGAGUCUCAUAGAAUACGAAGGAAAGUACAAGACCAUUGAAGAAUAUGAUCAUAUUAGAGACCUUAUCAAAUGGGGUACUGAUUAUUUACUUCUCACCUUUGAUUCAUCUGCUUCUUCUAUUCCCUAUAUUUAUAGUCAGGUGGGAGGGUCUGUUAACGGAUCCACAGUUUCAGAUGAUCAUACAUGUUGGACUAGGCCAGAAGAUAUGGACUAUCCUCGUCCAGUCCAAGUUACACAUGAAGGUCCUGACUUAGCCGGAGAAAUAACUGCAGCACUAGCAGCAGCAUCUAUAGUUUUUCGUGACAACAAUGCCUACUCUGAAAAACUUGUCAAAGAGGCAGUUUUGGUCUUUAAAUUUGCCCUAGACAAAAGCAAACACAAAAUAUAUAGCCUUCAUAAUCCAUAUAUUGAACAUUAUUACAAUUCGAGUGGCUACUAUGAUGAGGUGAUGUGGGGUGCAAUAUGGCUAUACUAUGCCACCGGAAACCAGAGUUAUCUAUCACUUGCAACUGACCAAGAACUGUCUUCUAAAGCCCAUGCCUUUUCAAUGAAUCAAGAUUCAAUUGUUUUAAGUUGGGAUAACAAGUUACCAGCAGCCAUGAUGUUGCUAACCAGGGUGCAGCUUUUCUUAAAUCCUGGCUAUCCAUUUGAGGCAGUGCUCAAUAACUAUCACAAAAUUACCGGUCUUACUAUGUGCUCAUAUCUCCAGCGCUACAAUAUUUACAACUGGACUCAAGGGGGACUAAUUCAAUUGAAUCAUGGAAAUGGACAACCACUACAGUACGUAGCUAAUGCAGCCUUCUUAGCAUCACUGUUUGCAGAUUAUUUGGAGGCCAUAGAUGUUCCAGGUUGGAAAUGUGGCCUUGACUUCAUUUUAGUUGAAGAACUCCGUAGUUUUGCCUCUUCUCAGAUAAAUUACAUUCUUGGUGUAAAUCCCUUGAAUCUGAGCUAUGUAGUCGAGUAUGGCAACAACUAUCCUAAACAUGUUCAUCAUCGCGGCGCGUCUAUACCUAAUGACAACAAGAAAUAUUCAUGUAACGAUGGAUGGAAAUGGUAUGGAAGUCGCCAACCGAAUCCCAACACAAUUAUUGGGGCAAUGGUAGGAGGUCCAAAUCAAUUUGACGAAUAUAAGGAUAUUCGUUCAGAUUAUAGCCAUAAUGAACCCACUAUUGCAGGAAAUGCAGGAUUAGUUGCUGCACUUGUAUCUCUCACGACAAGUGGCGGUCAAGGAAUUGAUAAGAACAUCAUAUUCUCAAGAAUCAUGCCAUCACAUCCAACAAGUCUGCUACCUCUGUCAACUAAAAGGCCUUAA